GAGAAUUAAUGAGAAAGGCACCAAGAUUAUUAUCAAUGUAGUCUUUUAAUAUUUCGCGUUUAUGCUCUCCUCUCUCUUUCUCGAUCCUUAACACUUGCACAUCAAGUCAGAUCUGAAUAAAUUGUAGGAUCCUCUUCAGCUUCAUUUUAACAAGUUACCAUGUUUGAAUCUCAUUAAACUCAAUUAUGAGUCGGUCAAAGUAUUAAGAAUAUCAAAUAUCAAGAAGCUCUUCAAAUUCAUCUCAUUUGUUUUCAGCUGGGUUUUUGUUUGUUUGCCCGUGCAGGUGCUUGUAUCAGUGUGAGUGAGAGGAAUUGGCGAUUCUCAUUUGUGCACAUAACAGGAAUUAGGAUACAAAUUCCUUUGCUAAGUGAUUUAGCUCAUAAAUUGCAAUUAGCCACACGCAAAUGAAUAUAUGUCAGUAGCGGACAACAACCCCGUGUAAGAGCGCUAUAAUUCAAGGCUAGUGAUUUUAGAUUCUUAAAUAAUCCCCUUUUUGCACCAAUUAGAAGAACUUGGAAGAUCAUUGAUUGGCCUCGUGAAAACGUUACCAUUCAACAAACAAAAGUCUGUAAUGGGGAGUCCAAAAUGAGGAGCGUUGCAUUUAGUCUUUGUAUUCAUCGUCCUCUUACCAUUAUCUGUGUCUGUGUCUGUCCUGUCAGGGUUUCUUUUAAUUCCUCAGUGACAGCCGGUGAUAAACAGCAAAGGGUUUUGCUUGUGUCGUUUGUCAUGGCGAUGUCAAGAUUUGGGAGGAGUAAUUUGAAACAGUCAGGAAAAGCCAUUCGCAGUUUCAUGACUGAGAGAACUACGCCGCUUACUGAAGUAGGAGGAUCAGCACUGUUAUCUCCAUCAUCUUUACAGGCCCUUACACCAUGCAGCAACAACACAAAAACUGUUUCCAGUAUCGGACAAAUGAAUCAGAUGAGUUAUGGGUUAAGGGGAAUAAAUACAACUCCACAGCACAAGUUCCAGCAGUCAGCAGAAAGAAUUGAGGAAGAUUCUGAGUCGGAGUCUGACGAUAGGAGAUUACCUGGUUUGGAAGCAACUAAACCAGGUGAAAAGCCUAGAGUUGUUGUUCUAGGAACUGGAUGGGCCAGCUGUAGAUUUCUCAAAGGAAUCGAUACAAGCAUUUACGAUGUUGUUUGUAUAUCUCCAAGGAAUCAUAUGGUGUUUACACCUUUACUUGCUUCAACUUGUGUUGGGACAUUAGAAUUUCGUUCCGUGGCUGAACCAAUUAGUCGUAUACAAUCAGCCUUGUCUACAGCUCCCAACUCUCACUUUUACCUGGCUAACUGUUUGAGAAUUGACUCAGACAGUCAUGAAGUGUACUCUGAGACUGUCAGCAAUCGAGGACUACCUAAUGAGCAUGGACUGCCCAAGGAGCCUUACAGAUUCAAGGUUGCAUACGAUAAGCUCGUCAUUGCUGCAGGAGCCGAACCUUUGACAUUUAACAUCAAAGGAGUGAAAGAGCAUGCAUUUUUCCUCCGUGAAGUGAAUAACGCACAAGAAAUUAGGAAGAGGCUUCUUUUAAACCUGAUGAAGGCUGACAAUCCAGGCCUUCCGGUGGAAGAAAGGAAACGGUUACUACAUUGCGUAGUGGUAGGAGGUGGCCCUACCGGGGUGGAGUUUAGUGGCGAACUGAGUGAUUUUAUCAUUAAGGAUGUUCAUGAGCAAUAUUCUCACGUUAAGGAUGACAUUCAUGUCACCCUCAUAGAGGCAAAUGAGAUUUUGUCUUCGUUUGAUGUGGGACUAAGAGCGACUGCAAUGGUACGACUAUACUCAAAGAUUAAAGACUAAAAAAAAAGACUAAAUAUGAGUUUAAUUUGUAUUGUGACGUUAUGGGGAGAAGACCAAAUUUGGUCGCGCGUAAAACAGUUUUACGCAUGAAGACGGGCGGAAGUAUUAGUUACGUUUCAUUUCUGGGCGGAAUUAUAAAUUACGUUUCAAACGGGCGUAAAUAUAAAUCACGUUUGUUAUCAAGCGUAAAUAAAAAUUACGUUUGGCAAGGGGCGGAAUCUUAAAUUCCGCCCGUUGAUCAGACGGAUUCCAAAUGACCGCUCGAAGAAACGUAAAUCUAAAUUCCGUCCGAGUUAAACACGGUCACACAGCACGUGUGAGAUCAGACGGGCGGAAUUUUUGUGUCCGCGUGAUGAGUUGUACGGACGUACUUCUUCUGUCCGCGUGAUGAAUUUGUCAGGCGUAAAAAAUUAUUACGCCUGAGACGGGCGUAACCAAAAUUUCCGUUUCAUUAGGGUUUAGGGUUAUGGCGUACUCUCCUGUCCGUCCGAUCAAAUCGGGCGUAAUCUUAAUGAACCGCACCUUCCACCAAUACUGCCUCUCCUUCCCAACCACAACCCAUCUCUUCUACACGAGGCUUCUUCUUCUCAGUUCAUUUUCUUCCACAGUUCAUAUUCUUACACAGUUCAUAUUCUUGUUUGCUUCACGGCUCCUCUUCAGUUCAUAUUCUUCUUCUCCAUUCCCAUCUACCAACCGUACAGAUACCCUAAAAACUCCACAAAAACCCUAAAACUCCAUUAUAAGUGUGGUGUUCGCCUUAUGAGAGGCAUAGUCAAAGAGGUACAUGAAAAGAAAAUAGUUCUCAAUGAUGGGACUGAUGUGCCUUAUGGUAGAGCAACUGCAGUGGACGACUAAACCCAAAUAUUUGGUCCUUUGGACAGACGUAGUGGGACGUACUAUCGAUCAAAUUUUGAUCAACGACUAAAGCCCAGACUAAAUUUGGUCGCCGACCAAGACCAAACCCAAAUAUAGUGGAGCGUUGAUAUAAUCUCCGUUUCACAACGGGCGUUGAUAUAAUCUCCGCUUCUCAACGCGCGUUCGUAAAGAAUUCGUCCAACGAACAGGCGGGUAUACAAACUUCGCCUGUAUGGGACGUUGAUUAAAUGUACGCCUGAUGGGGCGUUUGUGAAGUUAACGCCUGACUCCAGGCGUUGAUAAAGUUAACGCCUUAAUGGGGCGUUGAUAAAAUGUACGCCUGAUUCCAGGCUUUGAUAAAGUGUACGCCCCAUGAAUGAUUGAACUUGUACAGAAUUCAAAUUUGAAGUGUGAAAAUAUUGGGGAAGAGCAAAUAUUUUGCAUCUUAUGCUUCCACGAAACUAAAUGUUUUCAUUUUGGUUUCUA